AUGAUGCCGUCCUCACCACAAACACCACGGCACUCGCCGUACCCCUCUUUGGAGAACCUCCGAGAUUCGGCAGCGUCCUACUCCCCGCAAGAGGGUCGCGCUCUUUCACACAAGUCUUCGUUCAACGAUCCUUUAACGCCCUCGCGAAACAGCUUCAACUCCUCGGUGGGUCCCGCGAUGGACAUUGGCAUGUUUGGGAACGGAGGCAUGGACAACGGCGGUGGGCUGGGCAACCUAGCGGACGAGCUAGCCGAUGCCUUUUCAGACGGCGAAGACGACUACUUCGAGGGUCAAGAAGGCGAAGAAGUACCCAACGAUUUUGCGGGCGAAGAAGAGGACCUGCUCCCGACGCCCAUGCCGAAGGAUGGGGGAGGUGUACGGGACAGCGGUGUCGACAUGGCGAGUCCCCGGAGUCGCCAGCGCGCAAGUCUAAAAUCACAACUCUCACCGAACGGAAGGGGUCACCACCACCACCACCGCCGAAAGGUGAGUGAGUACGACGGUAGCGAAUACGGUUCUGAGUCAGACCUAGAAACCUCCGGAUUGUCACCCAGAUUGGUGGAGAAGAUGGCCGAAGUCGAGUCGCUUGCACGAAGAGGCACGGAAAACAAUGGCUCAACAGCCGACGGGGCAUUUCAGCGAGUGACCGAGGGCCUGCGCGAUCUAGGUUCACAAGCCGGCGUGGAAGGUGGUGCUACAAGAUUAAUAACCGCCCACUCCGCCCUAACAACCCACCUAACUCACCAAACCCGACAACUACACUCGCUCACCUUCCCGUUGCUCUCCCCGCUCUCGCCCGCGCCAGAUGCCGAGGCGAUUGACGAACUCCUACCCAUGCUGGUCAGCCUCGGCUCGAGCAUGCCGCGACCCUCAACGGCCGCGUUCGCCCAGCUCGCCUCGCUACAUACCAUCACCACGGACCUAGUCCAAACACUCAACUACCUGUCCGAUACGCUGCACAUGUCUAGACAAACUACGACGACAGCAACAAGAAGGCUGAAGAGCGCGCGCGAGCUUGUAGCGGAGCUCAAGCGCGAGGAAGAAUUGAGGGAACAGGGCGAGCGAUGGCUGAACAGGGGCAACUGGAGCGAGAGGUUGCGGAAUCGCGAGUGCGCACACGUCUGUGGUGAGGUGGUGGGUGGGUUCGAGGAGGUGUGUAAUAAUUGGCGGAAGAGGUUGUUGGCGCAGGCGGAAGGGGGCGGUGGGGAUGGGACGGGGACUGUGGGAAGUGUUGAGGCAUGA